CCAGCUUGCCAAAGAGCCCCGCUGGUCACUGUCCCCGCAGGCGUGGGGCGAAGGUCCCGGGUGAACGUCGCCGUGGCGGAGCCGCACGCUCACCCCGGCACAGAGCCUGAGCAGCCCCAGGGCCGCGGCACCGCUGGCCCUGCGCUUGCCCCUCAGCGCCGAGCCGGGCUCGGCGGUGCCAUGGGGCGGCUGUGGCUCUGCCUCCUCGCCCUCGCCGCGCUCUUCGGCCUCGCUGCCCCACGAGAAAAAGUGACGGCCCAGAUCCAGGCUCACCCGCCGGCACCCACCGUGUACCACCAGCUGACGCUCUCCUGCGAGGUCUCGGGGGACCCCGGCCCCCAGGAGUUCCUGUGGGAGAAGGAAGGACAUCGUGACCCCCUGCAGAAAGGCCCCGACAACGUCCUCCUCUUCCGCUCCUUCAACAAGACCCACUUGGGCACCUACAUCUGCAGGGCCACCGGCUCCCUGGGCACCGCCGUGGCCACCUACAACCUGUGGAUAGACGAUCUGGUGAACAAAGUGUUCGUGUUCCCCCAAGCGACCAACGACUCCCACGUGCUGGUGAGGGCCAAACCGGAGCAGCCGCUGCAGAACUUCACCCUGUGCCUGCGCUCCUACACCGACCUGACGCGGCCCCACGGCCUCUUCUCCUACGCCACCAAGGCGCAGGACAACGACAUCCUCCUCUUCAAGCCCAAGCCCGGCGAGUACCGCCUCUACGUGGGGGGAAAAUUCGUCGCCUUCCGCGUCCCCGAGGGCGUCAUGGCGAGCGAGCACGUCUGCGUCAGCUGGGAAUCCGCCACCGGCAUCGUGGGCUUUUGGCUCAACGGGAAGCCCUGGCCCCGCAAGGGGCUGCAGAGGGGCUACGCGGUGGGGGCGGAGGCGGCCAUCCUGCUGGGGCAGGAGCAAGACGCCUUCGGGGGCGGCUUCGACGCCCAGAAGUCCUUCGUGGGGGAAAUGUGCUCCGUGUACAUGUGGGACACGGGGAUCUCCACCUCGGGGGUGAUGGCGGCCAUGAACAACCGCCCCGCCAAUGCCCCCAUCUUCGGCUGGAGGAACUUCCCCUACACGACCGUGGGCGAGGUGUACCUGAAGCCCUGAGGCCCCCCCCCCAGCUCCCGCCGUCUCGCUCGGGGUGGCUGGCGAGCGCUGGGCGAGCCGUGGUUGCCACCGGGCCUGUGUCCCCCUUCCCUGCUGUGUAACCCCCCCCCACCCCCAAAGCGUCACAUAAAUGAAGAAAUGGGUUUGAAACG